AUGGGUACCGCUCGAAUGAGUAGUUCAAUAUGGCUUCUCCAGAUUCCCCCAACUCUCGUGCAGAACCGAGAUCCGGGUCUCUCAGGUCCCGAGUUCCGCCCACCCCCAAGCCACGGACAACUCGCGGAAAUUACAUUUCCAAAGCUUGUGCAGGAAGAGAAAGAGCAAGUGCACUGGGAAGAGUCCAUGUUUACACUGCGCGCGUCAGGCCUUGACCUAAAGCUCGGAAGGAUCGAGCAAGGCUCUGAUACUAGCGUUACUUAUGGAUCUAGUGAGGCCGAUGCCCAAACCCUUCAAACUCUGAGAGAUCAAGUAGCUUCUCUACAAGGAGGAUUGGAAUUGUUGCGUCGGCAAUCUCAGCAAUCCUCGGAAACGCAGCCAAAUUCGUUGCGAUCAGAGAUCCCAUUAACGUUUGAACAAGCCUCUUCUAUUCCUUCAAACACCAGGCCGGUAACUCCGGCGCUCUGUCCGAACCCAGCUGUUACCGAUGUGGGAUCCUCCACUGAAGAGGCCAGCUGCCAGCCAUCAGCCAGUUAUACCUUCAACAUCAGUCUUGCUCGUACUCAUCUCCGCGCACGAGGUAUUGGAACCACCGACGCGGACCUCGGUGGGAUGCCUGCAUCUGGUAACCCAACUCGGCCGCCUUCUCCUUCGAUACAGGCUGCCUUUGGUUUAGAUUCUGGGUCAAUAGAUCCUCUGUGGCUCAUCAAUGAGGAAGAGGCCGUGCGAUUAUUCAACGUUUACGAAGAAGAAAUAGGGAUACAGUAUCCCUUCCUGGAUAUUCAACGGCUCAUCACACAGGUGCGGAAUCUUCAUUGUGCAAUGAACAAAGGUUCACGACUUGGUUUCGCCUUUGCUGCAAUUCCAGGUCCGACUGUAAUCGAUCCCCAAGACCUGAGUUUGGUCAAGAUGGUGUUGUCUACGGCCUUGACCGUCGAAGCGGGGGGCUCCAGCCAACUUGGAAAAUCUCUAUUUCUCAAUGUGAAAACGUCGGCGAGCAACGAGUUAUGGGAAUCAGCGAGCGUUAAGACCACGAUGUUGUUCACCUUACUGCUUACCGACUUUAAACAGGCCAUCUACAGCUUCAUGACAGGCGAUGAUCUGCAAGCUUGGAGGCUUGUGGGCAUCGUUGCGCGGUGGUGCUUGGAGAUGGGCCUCCAUCAGUCCGCAGCCAUAAACAAAACAUUCAAAGAAGCUACAGAACGCAAGAUGGUGAUGAGACUCUUUUGGUGCGUCUACACACUGGAUCGCAGGUGGGGGUUUGGGGCAGGUCUACCAUUUGUUAUACAUGGUUUCGAUAUAGACCAGCAAUUACCUGAACCAGAUCGAGAUGUUCCUUAUCUAAAGGCCAUGGUUGAGUAUAGCCGUAUCGGCGAUAAGGUAUGGGCAACAUCAUAUAACUCUGCUCGAGCGACCGGUCCCACUCGUGAUGACGAAGUCUCGUAUCUCCUUUACAGGAUAGAUCAGUGGUUUGAAGAUCUUCCGGAAGAUCUCAGAUUCUGCCCACAUCAGCAAACAACCAGUCCAGCACCAGUAUCUCGUGGACUUCGGCGACUCCAACUUCUGCUUCAUUUAAGGGCCAACCAAAUGAAGAUCCUCCUCCUACAGCCGUUCCUCCAUUCAACAUCCAGCCUCCAGGUCAACCGAUCUAAAGUUCGAUUGCUCGUCAAUCUUGCCAAAGAUACCAUUCAAAGACUGAACUCUCUCAAUCAGUCUACUGAUAUCUAUCAAAACCAGCAGAUGUGCUUCAAUCACUUUUUGGUUUCUGCACUCGGGGUUAUCUUCUUGGUUAUUGCACUCGCACCAACGGAACAUGCCGCACUCGUCCGCGAUGAGUUCCACAUGGCACUGGACCUGAUCCGUGGUCUUAGCGCCAGAUCAUACGUAUCAAGUAGGCUUUGGAGGAGGAUCAGCGACUUGCGGCUUGCCUGGAGGAGGCUGGGACUGAACGCUCCCCAUUCCAGAGGAAGCAGGGAAGCUAGCGCGCAGUUUCACGCACUCGCAACGCCCUUGACAUCUGCCAGCAAUACCAAUAUCUCGCCAAAGAAUGGGCAAACAGAUAUCGAUGAUACCUUUCGGGGCUCAGAGAUGGUUGAAUGGCCCCAAAACCAAGAAGAACCUUUCACGGAGGCUCAAAUGACGCAAGAGCUGAACGGCUUUUUCGCUUCGAUGGACAACGAAAUGGGCUACAGCACUUCAUUAACAGGUCUUGCUUUUGGGGAAGAAGGUCCUGAUUCUGCCCAAAGCCCGCGGGAUGAUGAUAUUUUGCACAACCUGAACACUUCUGCAAUUGAUGUUUCGCAUUUGUUUGUAGAUAUGCUAUAG